AUAUUAUUAUUCUUACAAAGCAAGCAGAUUAGUCUCCGUCUCCCUAAUCCCCCUAUUCCGUUACAUAUGCACAGCAGAAAAGUUACCUGGGCUGGGCCGAGCUAGUAUUUCAUUCACUGCGCGUGCGCACACCAGAAAAGUUACCUGGGCUGGGCCGAGCUAGUAUUUCACAUCAGAAAAGCAGCGGCGGCGGCGGCGGCGAUUGCGCCGUUCCGGCGAGCCCCCUCCGGCGGAACCCUAGCCUCCUUCCUUCCCUGGUGCUGGUGCCUCACCAUGACCCAUGUCGACCUUCUCUCCUCCAUCCCCCGCACCCGCUAGGAAUAGGAUCCCCCUCGCCAGGGUGCGCCUCGACGAUUUGGCGCCCUUCGACGGCGCCUCCACCCGAGCCUACGCCACCGCCGUCGACGCCAUCGCCGAAUCUUUCACGCGCCACGGCGCCGCCGCUCUCGAGCUCCCCGCACCUGACGCCGCUAUCGUCCGCUGCGGCCUCGAGUCUGCGCGCGCAUUUUUCCACGCCCGCCCCGGUCUCUAUGUCUACCGCGCCGGGAGGGCUCUGGAUGAUGGAGAGUUGUCGCCUGCUUGCAUGGUCGAUGCUUUCAGAUGUCUGGGUAAGGCAGCCCGUGCUGCUCUCUGUGCAAUAGCACGCAACCUUCGCCUACGUUCAGAUGCUUUCAGCCGUUUGCUUGAUGACAAUCCGUUGCCUCUUAAUGAGGUUUCAGCCUCAGAAUUGCUGGUGUCAUUUUCUCAUGGACACCUCCAAAGUGGCCAGCCACCUAUAGUGGGCCUCAGGUCAUCAAUGCCUCAAGUAGAUAGGGGUUUUGUUACACUGGUUGCUUCUGACCAUCCAGGAAUUGAGGUUUGCAACCCAAAUGGUCAUUGGUACCUGGCAGAUGGGGUCUCAGGCCCUAAUGACCUAUUGCUUUUGACUGGAAGAGCCUUGAGUCACGUUACUGCCGGUAUACAGCUAAAUUCUCAGUACAGGACCACUAACAGCGAAAACAGGGCAUCACUCAUGUUUAGGCUGAUGCCUCGUGCCGAUGCUAUAUUGGACUGCUCUCCAAUUUCAGCUGCUGGACAUUGCAUACCACAGAUCUACCAGCCCAUAUCCGCAUGCCAAUUUAUGGAUGAUUUGCGUGCGGAAGAGCAUAUUGUUUCCCAUCACUCAGAAGCACCUUGUGAAUCACAGGGGAACUUUGUUAAUGAACCAUCCCUCAGAAGUGUACUCUCAGAUCCUUUGUCUGGGGCUUUUCUUGAAGAUGCUAUGGUUCUCUCAUGUGGACACUCUUUUGGUGGCCUCAUGCUGAAGAAAGUUCUUGAAAUGGCAAGGUGCAGCAUUUGCAAUGAAGAAGUUGAUGCUGCCUCCUUAUUCCCUAACCUUGCUCUAAGAGCGGUAGCUACAGUGGUGAAGAUGGAAGACGAUAGAAGGCUGUUUCAUAAUGCCGCCCUUCGGAAGCGCAGGAAAGAAGUGACUGAGCUUAUGGAUGCACGAAACGGAAGUAGCAAGCAGGAGAAUAGUGAGGUGGGGUUAGAUGCUGAAAACUCCAGAGCAUUCAAGGGGGUGCAGUACCCGUUUACGGUGGGCGACAGAGUCCUGAUCAUGGGAAACAAAAGGACGCCUGAUAAAUUUGUUGGGAAGGAGGCAGUGAUCACAUCGCAGUGCCUGAAUGGCUGGAGUCUGUGCAGGUACCUUGUGAAGGCAGUUGAUAGUGGAGAAAGCAUACGGCUGCAGUACAGGUCGCUGAAGAAAGCGGGGGAGCCGCAGGUGCAAGCGCAAGCGCAAGCGCAAGCACAGGCCGAGAUGAGAUCGCAGCAGGCCCUGGCAUUCCUGCAGAACAAACAAUGAAGGACAUGGGCCGGUGAUGAAGUAGGGUUUUUGUGCAGGCGUACAUGGGAUUUUCCAUGAUAUUCUGUUUUGUUGUAGGCAUGCAAAUGCAAGGGAGGAUGGAUGUACUGUAGAUGCAGAGCCUUGUACGUAACCCGAUGCUCUACUCCACAUGUUCCUUGUUUGUUUUGGGUUCCAUGGCCUCCCACAAACUUAGACUUGCCAUCCAAGUCACUACACCUUUUUUUGUAAAAAAAAGGAAAAAGAAAAAAAGGUCACUACAUGUUCAUCGUCCA